ACCAAGCUCGUGGACAUUUCAUAUUAUCGUUCGCAAUGCUCGGAAACAACGUUUCGGUUCAUCUGGUUUCCUCCUCUUCGCCUGCAAAGCAACCACAUUGGUGGAUUUUCUCUGUUAGUGCCUCUUCGGAAGAUCCGACCCGACAGAAGCACAACAAUGGAAGAGCAUGUAGGCAAGAAAUCAAAUCAACUGGCGCCUUUCGUCGUUCUUGCAGCCGUCACAGUCCUAGCAUUUGCUUUUAUGUGGGGCGUGUUGUUUAAGAGGAAGAAAACAAGCACAGAGCACAAUCUGGAUGAGUCGUGCGCUGCUACGGACGACCCGCCACCGGCUGCACCGAGGCAAGGGAUCAAUUACGAGGUGUUCUUGAGUUUUAGAGGACCCGACACUCGCAAAAGCUUCACCGAUUGCCUCUACCAGGACCUGGUUCAUUCCGGGAUUCGCACCUUCAGAGAUGCAGAAGAGCUCCGAGUUGGAGAACACAUCGGUGACAAGCUUCAUCAAGUGAUCCAAAACUCGAGGAUCUACAUACCCGUUUUGUCCAAGAACUAUGCCGAUAGCGAAUGGUGCCUGAGCGAGCUUGCACAGAUGGUGAAAAGCAAGAGAACGUUGGCUCAACGACAGAUAUUUCCCAUCUUUUAUGACGUGAAAGCCUCCGAUGUUAAGCUCAAGACUGGCACAUACAAGAGAGCUCUCCACCAACACGAGAAAAAGUAUGGCUCUAGAACAGUCCUGGAAUGGAGGGAGGCUCUUAUGGAAGUAUCGAAAUUGAAAGCAUGGGAAGCAAAAUCUAGAGGACAUGGAGAACUCAUAAAGUUGAUUGUUCAGAAGGUUUUGACUGAAUUGAAGAUCAAUUAUCUAAAUGUGAGUGAUCAUAUAGUGGGAAUUGAUGAUCCCGUUGAACAAGUAACCAGGUUGCUAGAGGCUGGUUCAGAGGGUGUACGUAUGGUUGGAAUUUGUGGAAUGGGAGGGAUCGGCAAGACGACUCUAGCCAAGGUUGUCUACAACCGCCUUUCUUCUCAUUUUGAAAAUUGCAGUUUCAUCGCUGAUGUCCGGGAAACAACAAAAUCCCGUGGUCUUCCAACUUUACAGAAACAACUAACAUGUGACAUCCUCAGUUCUAAAUGCAUAGAACCUCUUAAUGUAGACGAAGGGAUCAACAUGAUCAGAAAAAGAUUUCAGAAUAAGAGAGUUCUCAUUCUUCUCGACGAUGUUGACCACAGGGAUCAACUCAAGGCACUAGCAGGAAAACAUGAUUGGUUUGGUUCAGGAAGUAGAAUUCUAGUUACAACAAGAGACAGGAGCAUCUUUAGCGCUAGAAGGGAAGGUACCCCUGAAGUUCCAGAUCACUAUGAAGGUGACUGGAUCUAUGAAGUCCCCGAAUUAAACCGUGCACAAGCUUUGCAACUAUUCAGUAGACACGCCUUCAGAACAAUCUCUCCUCCAGAAGACUACAUGACCCUGUCAAAAGAGGUAGCCCUCACCACUGGAGGGCUUCCUUUGGCAAUUGAGGUCAUAGGUUCCUUUUUGUGUGACAAAAGCAAGGCAGUAUGGGAAGGUACUUUGAAAAGGUUGAAAGAUAUCCCACAUAAGGAAGUUGAGAAGAAACUGAUGAUAAGUUAUGAAGCAUUGGAAGACGAGCAAAAACAAAUAUUUCUCGAUAUUGCGUGUUUCUUUAACAAAAGCAACAGAACAAAUGCUUUUUAUAUGUGGGAUGACUGUAAAUUAUAUCCAGAGUAUGGUAUAGAAGUUCUUCUCCUAAUGUCGUUAGUUAAAAUUGGAGAUAAUGAUGAGCUAUCCAUGCACGAUCAACUUAAAGACCUUGGUAAGGAGCUCGUUCGCCGUGAGAAUCGCAAAGAUCCCGGGAGACGUAGUAGGUUGUGGAUUGACAAGGAAGCACUAGAUGUGCUAAAAAGUAAGAAGGGAACAGACGCCGUCGAAGCACUUGUUUUGAACAAUUAUACUCACGGUUCUGAUACUGCCUUGAAGAUUCAUAAUUUCACUUGUGGAGACUUUUCAAGCCUCUCAAAUCUAAGAUUUCUCCAAAUGCAUAGUGUGAACUUUGUUGGAGACUUCGAGCACCAAUUCUCAAAUCUAAGAUGGCUUUCCUGGAAAAAUUGUCCUCCAGAUUUUCUAGCUACUAAUUUUCAUCCUAGAAAUCUAGUGGUCCUUGACCUGUCAUGGAGCAAAAUAACAGAAAAGUGGAAAGGCUGGAAGCAGAUUGAUAUGGCCAAGAAACUGAAAGUUCUGAAUCUUUCCCAUUGCAACAACUUGAGGAAAACUCCAGACUUAUCAGCUUAUAAAAGUCUGCAAAGAUUGAUUCUCCAAGGGUGUUCGCGUUUGUUUUAUAUUGAUCCAUCAAUUAUUCACUUGAAAUGCCUCACUCAUUUGAAUAUCCGAGGAUGCUAUUCUCUGAAACACAACUCCCGGCAUAACCUAAGCUUUCUGGAGAAUCUUGAAGAGUUCAUCAUGGAUGGACCUUCUCAGAAAGAUGACCCUAUGCCGGAAAGUAUGGAGAAGCUAGAUACUCUAGAUGCUACCCGUUGGAAUCCAAGAGUAUCAACGGUCUCACAAGUGAAUCACAAGAUCAACCCGAGAGAGUACACAUCAAAGUGCGCUCUUCAUCGACUGUCAACUAAUUCCACAUACCCAAGCACAGGAAUGACACAGUCUAGAGGUUUGCCAGGAGUGAAAGCGGAACAUGAAGAUUCGUCUUCAAACCAAGUAGAGUGGGUGGAGAGACUUCCAGAAUCAGUGGGGUAUUUGGAAUCACUAGUUGAGCUGGAUUUGUCAAGCACAGGGAUUACCGAAUUACCUGAUUCGCUAGGUAACCUGAAGAAUUUGAAAGUGCUGAGAAUUGAUGGAAGUUGCAUAAGAAAGUUACCUGAUGCUCUAGGAAUGGCAGAGAAACUCGAGGAACUACAUGCCUUAGAGAGUGAGAGCUUAGAGGAAAUCCCUAGUAAUUUUGAGUGCCUUCCCUCUUUGAGAAUCUUGAGAUUAUCAGGAAUUGCCAUAACUAGAAUACCUAAACUUCCAGCAAGCCUAACCAGUCUACAGAUUGAAUCAGGAUCAACAAACACUAUUCCUGAUCUGUCGAACCUCGUCAAUUUAAAAGAAUUGGACUUGAAUUUGAGGAUAUUUUCCUCUACAGAACCAUCUCACCUUCUACAAACUCCCAACCCCGGUUGGAUUGGAAACUUAUCCAAAUUGGAGAACUUAAAAUUGUCCCUUUCAAAUAUUACCUCCCUGCCUACAUCUUUAGGCUCACUUUCAGGUCUCAAGAAACUUGAGCUCUGGUCCUGUGUAAACCUCAAAUCCCUUCCACUGCUUCCCACUAGUUUGACAGAGCUAUCCAUCAGAAAUUGUGUAUCAGUAAAAACAUUACCAUCACUUUCAAAUUUGGAGAACCUGUUAAUAUUUUCUCUCAUCGACACACAGGUGACCAAGAUUGAAGGAUUUCGGGGUUUAGUAUCACUCAAACAUUUGGAUAUACAAAGAUGCAAAAUAGAUAAUCUCAAAGGGCUCGAACAACUGACAAAUUUAUCCACACUGAAAGUUUCGACCUGUGAGUUCCUCCAGAGAGUGCCAAAUUUGUCAAACUUGCUGAAAUUAAGGGAGUUGAGGCUACUUCAUUGCACAAAUAUGUUUGAGAUUCAAGGUCUUGAAGAAUUAGGAUCCCUGGAAGAGUUGUGGAUUCAGCAUUGCAUGUCUUUGCAAAGAUUGCCAAACCUAUCAAAUUUGAAGAAGCUGAAAGUUUUGAAUGUAUCCAAAUGUGAGAAGAUUCACAGCAUUUAUGGAGUAGAGACAUUGAAUUUGCUGAAGGAUCUAACUGUGUAUGGAUGUGAGGCAGAAUUUUCGCCUAAUGUGUGUCUGGCAAAAGACAGAGUUCUCCAACAGCAUUGGCAAGUCAGGGGGCUUUUCAAGAAUCUGAGUUGGUAAUGGCAUGAACACCAAAGGAAUCUCAGUUAACAAGGCUAUUUGGAACCUUACAUGGUACUUCUUUCUUGCCCUCGCCCUUAGUGAGCAUUAUCAUUUUUAUCUUCAAUUAAUUGUUACAGUCUUGCGUGUAGUUUCCUAAAAUUACUCAAAUGCUAGACCUGGAAAGUCAGGUUCUCAUCUUGAUAAUGGGCUAAACUAACGUAGAUAAGGAGUUUGCACAGCACAGGAUGGGUUGGGUAUCUCCCUGUGGCUAACAGUUUCUCACAUUUUGAACUGGAAACCCACCUUGUCUCUUUUCAACCAGAAUUGACUGCGACUGCAUAAAUUUUGGGUUAUUGUGCUUUUUGUUAUUAAAAAUCUAUGUGAACAAGAAAAAAUUUAAUAUACCUACUAACUACUGACAUAAUCGAUAUACAAAGUAAAUAACAGAGUAGAGCACAUCUCAUUUGUUGAUGACAACAAAUCAGUAAGACACAAUUCAAAACGUGACAUCAAGAGAUAUAAAACUACAGCAAAACUGCUUGAACUCAAUUUCGAAGUUUCUCAAGUUCAUUUCUCUUAUCCUUGAGCUCAAUUUCAGUCAAAUUGGUUCAAGUGUAGUACACGAGAACUAACAUAAAGAGAUUUGGUCCUAGGUAUAAAAUUCUGAAUGCUCUUAACAUUUGCAACAUUGUUUCACUACUAAGGGUUUUUGAUGCUUCUUUACCUGAGUUUAUAAAAUCAAACUUGUAUAGUGAGAUGUUCACAUUUAUGAAAAUUAAGUCAUACGGCGAGCAUCAAAAUCAGAACUCGAGUGGCUAAUACCUAUUGC